AUGAACCACGACCAUGUUCCAUUUUUCGACCAUUACCCUAGCCACGAGGAAGUGAACCAAUAUCUUUCGAAGUUGGUGCGAAAUUAUGCAAAUAAAAUCGAAAUUUUCUCCACUGCUCUUUCGUUCGAGGGUCGUGAAAUAAUGACCGUGCGUAUCAGCCCAGAUGUUAAGCGUAAAAAGUUCAACCGGCUUUACAUCCUGAUAGACGCUGGAAUUCAUGCUCGAGAAUGGAUAACAGUUAUCGUAGCUCUGUAUGUAGUGUAUCAACUAGUCGAACGGGAUGCCAUCAACGUAAGACUACUCCGGAAUUUCGACUGGAUAAUUUUGCCAGUGCUGAAUCCCGAUGGAUACGAGUAUAGUCUUGAACAUAACAAAAUGUGGCGAAAGACACGGCGACCCCUGGGUAGAGACCGUUGCGUAGGAGUAGAUUGCAAUCGAAAUUUCAACGUAUCGUGGGGAAUUGGAACGGCCCAGUUUUGUUCGCUACUGUACAGGGGAGAAAGGCCAUUCUCGGAGCUGGAAACCAGGAACGUUCGGAAUAUCUUUCAAAAGUUGCGGCCCAACUGUAGAUUUUACCUGUCGCUACACUCGCAUGCCAAAGCUAUCCUCUAUCCACGGGCGUAUUCUAGAACUCUGCCGCAGAACUGGAAACAUCAGCACGAUGUGGCCCAAGCUGGGGCCGAUGCAAUUGUCAGUGCGUGCGGAGUGCAGUAUCGCUGCAGUAGUGCUUCGGCCUUUCUGAACAACGUCGUCGGAGGUUCCAGCAUCGAUUAUGCGCACGAUAUCGAGAAAGUUCCGUUUGCUUUGGUGAUGGAAAUCGCCAGCAAAGGAUUUCACCCGCCGGCCGCAAGCAUUGCCCGCAUUUGCGAAGAAAGUUGGAUCGGAAUCCGAGCCAUGGUAAUGCAGCUAGCGGUCAGCCCAAGGAUUUCUUUCACCCGCAGCAAAACGGCACUAUAG